AUGGCUUUUACGCUUGAAGAGCGGCUACAGCUGGGAAUUCAUGGCUUACUUCCUCCUUGCUUCUUGAGUCAAGAUGUCCAAGUCCUCCGUGUCAUGAAAAACUACGAGAACAAAUCUAAUGAUCUAGACAAGUACAUUGUCCUUAUGACAUUACAAGACAGGAAUGAGAAGCUUUUCUACCGAGUGCUGACCUCUGACAUUGAGAGAUUCAUGCCCAUUGUUUACACCCCAACAGUCGGCCUGGCUUGUCAGCAGUACGGUUUGGCUUUCAGGAGGCCACGGGGGUUGUUUAUCACCAUUCAUGACAAAGGGCAUAUUGCAACAAUGCUAAACUCUUGGCCUGAGGAAAAUAUUAAGGCUAUUGUGGUGACAGAUGGAGAGAGGAUUCUCGGAUUAGGAGAUCUAGGAAGUUAUGGCAUGGGUAUCCCGGUGGGGAAGCUUGCUUUGUAUACAGCUUGUGGUGGAGUUCACCCACAACAGUGUCUCCCUGUCCUGCUGGAUGUUGGCACAGACAAUGAGGCUCUUCUGAACGAUCCACUCUAUAUUGGACUGAAACACAAGAGGGUUCGUGGGAAACAAUACGACGAACUGAUUGAUGAGUUUAUGCAGGCAGUUACCAACAAGUACGGCAUGAAUUGUCUAAUCCAGUUCGAAGAUUUUGCCAAUGUUAAUGCUUUUCGUCUCCUCAAUAAAUACCGCAACAAGUACUGUACAUUUAAUGAUGAUAUCCAGGGCACUGCAUCAGUAGCAGUAGCUGGCAUCUUUGCAGCCUUAAGAAUCACAAAGAACAAGCUCUCUGACCAUAAGUUUGUUUUCCAGGGAGCUGGAGAGGCUGCAAUGGGCAUAGCUCAUCUGAUUGUCAUGGCCAUGGAAAAGGAAGGAAUUUCACGAGAAGAUGCCAUCAGAAAAAUUUGGAUGGUGGACUCAAAGGGUCUGAUUGUCAAGGGGAGGAGCCACCUGAACCAUGAGAAAGAGCUGUUUGCUCAGGACCACCCCAGUAUGAACACACUGGAGGAAGUUGUGCAGAAAGUGAAGCCUACGGCAAUUAUAGGUGUUGCAGCCAUUGCAGGUGCUUUCACUGAGAAGAUUUUAAAGGAUAUGGCAGCAUUCAAUGAGCGGCCCAUCAUUUUUGCCCUGAGCAACCCCACGAGUAAAGCAGAGUGCACAGCGGAGCAGUGCUAUCACCUCACCGAGGGUCGGGGAAUAUUUGCAAGCGGGAGUCCAUUCUCGAAGGUAACCCUGCCCAGCGGACAGACCUUCUUCCCUGGCCAGGGAAACAACGCCUACGUCUUCCCGGGAGUGGCACUGGGAGUCAUUGCUUGCGGGGUCCGGCACAUCUCUGAUGACAUCUUCCUCAUCACAGCAGAGUCUAUUGCAGCUGAGGUCACAGAGCAGAACCUUGCAGAAGGAAGACUGUAUCCACCCUUGGAUAGUAUCAGAGAGGUGUCUUUCAAAAUCGCUGUGAAAAUUGUUGACUGGGCCUACAAGCAUGACCUUGCUUCUUGGUAUCCUGAGCCAGCAGACAAGGAAGCCUUUGUGAGACAACUCACUUACAGUCCUGAUUAUGAUUCAUUUGUUAUUGAUGAUUACAGAUGGCCUGCCGCAGCCAUGCAAACACAAAAUGUAUAAGUUUUUGUUAGAACUGUCUUCUUUUUUCCAUCAGUUCCCAUGGUUCAUAUCAUUGCUGACAUAAGUGCACCUCCAGGGUUGCAGAAGGAUAAAUGUAACUGAAUCCAA